AAGUCCCAGGUUGCUACAGCUAGCUUAAAUGAGCGAACCACCAAACGGUUCAUUUAGCUUCUAGCUUGAGCUGAAAUUUAACACUUUAAAGAAUGUAAACGGACAUUUAGAUGUAAUAUAAUAAUAUAAGUUGCUCAUAUGAAUAAUUGAGUAUAAGAAUAUCCUUCUGAAAGUUGAUAUUUGUGUUGGAAGUCGGUGACGGUGUAACGAGGAUUUGUGUUCACCGGACUGAAGAUGAUCUGAUGCUCUGAGGAGAUGCCUUCUUUUGACUUUCUGGAUAAGGUGGAGCUGUUUGUGCAGACGGGAUCGUAUCCUGUAGACGCAUCCAAGAGCUCAAAGAAAGUGACCAGAGCUGCCAGCAAACACUUCAUCUAUAAAGAUGGCUGUCUGUGGCGCGGUUACCGAGGCCGCUUCCUCCGCGUUGUCAGGAGCGACGAGGAGGUGAAGGAGAUCCUGGUCCGUUACCAUGACAACAACAGCCACGCCGGCCGGGUCCGGGCUGUAAAGGAGAUAAUGUUGAUGUAUUACUGGGUCAGGAACAUGGCGGCGGGCGAGGAGCUGUUUUUCUCCGGUGCCACUGUUCUUGCAGACUCUCCUUCUGUUCAGCUUCGUUUGAAAACACAACUCUUUUUCCUCGGUCUCGGCAGGUUUCCAAAGGAGGCAGAGCAACGGCGAAGGUGGCUGGCGGUGGCUCAGAGGGACGAAGGCUCGCUUCGCAUCAACUCCUGCCUCUACUCGAGACACUUUGAGUCGUCCUGCUUCGUGCCGAGCGAGAACGGUCAGCUGACUCUAUCAGCAGACGCCAUACCAACCAUCAUCUCCGUGACGGUGCAGGAGGACGAGGUUGUUGUCCCUUCAGACGAGGACUUCCUUCAUUCCAACACCCUGGAGGACCUCCUCUCCACAGCUGCUGCCGCUGCUGCUGCCACCACCACCCCCGACCCCUCCGAGCCGGCCUUGGAUCACUCUGAACCCCCCGUGGAGCUGCAGGAGCACCAGUACUGCCUCCGAGCUCCUGAUCCAGACUCCAGGGAGGUCCAGACGCUGGUGGAGAACAAGAGGAAGACCGUCAUCGAGCCGAGCUUUGCGACCUACAACCAGAUCGCCAGGUAUCUGAGCCACAGGGUGUUGCCUAUGCAAAGCAAGUCUAGCAGAGGGGGUUUAAAAAGGAUGGCCAAGCGCUUCGGCCUGAAAGAUGGAGCGCUGAUGUACACACGAGUCUCUCCUCCUCUCAGAGUGCCGCGCAGCAGAGAGGAGGUAAACUCGGUCCUGCGUCAGUUCCAUGACACCCAGGGUCACUACGGCCACGGGAUCUGCCAGCGAGAGAUCACGAAGCACUUCUACUGGGCCAGCAUGACCCGGGACCUGGCCCGCUGGAUCUCCAGCUGCCAGAUCUGCCUCAACAGAACCAAGAGGAAGUGGCUCCGCUGCAGCGUCUCCACCUGCACCAACUGCUGCGGGCCGGUGGAGAGAGGCCUGGGCCUCACCUUCCAUAAGUUUCCUCUGGACAACGCGGCCCUGCUGGCUCAGUGGCUGAAGGCCGUCGGUCGUCCCAACUGGCAUCCUCGGCUCGGCUCGUCCGUCUGUUCGACCCACUUCACCGAGGACUGCGUCGACCUCAGUGGGGAGAAGGUCGCCGUCCGCCCGGACGCCGUGCCCACGCUCAUGGUCCAUGGCGACUCAGCGACUCCGUGCAGAGGUCCGACCCAGCCGGCUGUGGGGGAGGAGGCCUAUUUUGCCAAGUACGAUGCCAUGGAGCUCUACCUGAGCAGACACACCUAUCCUCCUGGGCUAAGCUACGUAGAGAAGAACACCUUCAGGAGGUUCUGCAAGAAGUUCGCCAUCAAAGACGAGGCGCUCCACAUAGUCCGGGGAGAUCGGGUGUGUUUGGUUCUGAGGAGCAGGCAGCGAGUUGAAGCCGCCCUGUUGGAUUAUCACAAUGAGCUGAACCACCUCGACGCCAACAAGUGUCUCCGACUGCUCAACGAAAGGUACUUCUGGAAAACCAUGAGGACUGAUGUGGUGCAGUGGAUCAACAGCUGCUCGCAGUGCAGCAGGAAGAAGAAGAAGAACCCAGAGAACCAAACAGAACCAGAGUGUGUUCUGGAGGCGCUGAGAUCACCUCAGAUACCUGAUGAUUUAGACAGCGGGAAGGAUGACGAUGGUUACAGCGAUGAUGGCGAGGAUGAUGGUGGUGGGGAUGCUGAUGAAGGCAGCGGUGAUGAAGAGAGGCGGCCAGAAACGAAUUCAGAGGACAAAGUGGAGAACCCUUCGCCCCCCCAGCCCGUAACUCCCAUCAGCCCUCAGCCCAGAAUCCCCAUCCUCCUUCAUCUAAGAACUCCCAUCAACUUCCAGCCCAGCACUCCCAUAAUCCUCCAGCCGAGGAUUCCCAACGUCCCCUUUGUGGCCAGACUCUGGCCUGUCAAGAGAGGGACGCCUCCACAGUCUGAAGUCCAGAAGGAGACCAACAGCUCCGAGACUCAGCCAGAGAGACAAGUUCAGGUGAAGACACGACCUCAGGACCAGAAAGAGACCAGUGGAUCUCCGGGCAGCACCAGAACACAUCACUGUGUCAAAGUCCAGGACACAACCGAACCUCUCACAGAGUCACAUCCUCCACCCGAGCUCUCGGUAAAACACCAACCUCCACAAGCCAAGACCAAGCAACCUCCAAGUCAGGGCAGAGGACCAAAGACCCAAACCCAGAUCCACGUCCAGCGGCCGGUGAAGAGAAGGAGAGACCUGCAGGCAGCGUCCUCGGCUAAGAGGAGCUCCAGCUGUGGUCUGGAGCCCGUGGUGGCCCCGAGCUCCAAACCCUGGCCCGUCUUCACCAUCGCUGGCUCUGCCCCGGCACAGACAGCAGAACCCCUUCCUAUGAUGGACGGCUCUGCUCCCUUCCGGAGGCCCAGGAGUCUUCAGGCCCGGAUGGUCAUCCAGCAGUGCAGUACAGCGAAGGUUAAGGUCAAACCAGCACUGGACGGGGCCGACGCUCAGUGGGCCGAGAUCCAGGAGGGGAUGGUUGUGUAUGUGUGCUUCUUCCACGGAGCCACCGAGGACGUCGCUCAUGAGAUGGCCAGCAGUCUGAUGACCACCAAAUUUUUCCGAAAAGACACCGGGCACUCGGUUUCCGUUGUCGACCUCCCCGGGAGCGUUUUAUUUAUCCCCCAGGACUCCCUGCUCGGGGAGCCGGUGCCCAAGAGGAGAGUGCAGUACAAAGGGGGGUGUGAGCUGUGGUGGGGCGCCCAGCUCUUCUCCAACCUGGUGUCCGCCUGCAGGGAGCUCAUGGCCGGCUCAGCGAAGUGCACGAAGGCGGGCGCCAAAGUGGAGGAGGGAGUCUACGCACAGAAACAAGAGAUCGUCCUGAACUCUGUGGAGCCGCUGACGCUCCUGCUGGAGUUCUGAGGUCGUGGGGUCGGGGAUGGCGUCCACUCAAUCUGAAUGGAGGGAAUAAUCCAGGACUGUUGGAUUUAGCCCCGUUUACACCGCAGGAACUAACUUUCCACUUUGUGAAGAAGCUUAAGGCCCUUUGGAGACGUUCAAAGCUCUGUCAGUAAAUUAGAAAGAUAAAAUGUAGUUUCCUCUGCAGUGCUAUUACAACAGAUAUUCUGUUUUCUCACCCAAAAUAUGUCCAGAAACGCUCAAAUCAGGCUGAACUGAAGCACUUUAACAUGAGAUGCACUUUAAGGAUUUAAGUCUUUUGUUGUUGAACACUCUAAAAGUUAAUCUUUUGUUCAUAUUGUUUAUACUGUAUAGUUAAAUGAGUAUUAAAUAACUAUUUAUUGUAUAAAAAAAAAGUGUGUACAUUGCAUUCAUUGAGUUAUUGAUGACAUUACUUUCAUAAAUCAGUUGAAUUCAC